AUGGUUGCAGUGUGGCUGCUGCUCCCUGCAGCCAUAAUGCUGGGCUUGGCCAUAGCUGCUCCUUUCCCUCCUUCCAAGCCCACCACUGCCAAGACUAGCUGCCAUAUUAACAGCUUCCAAUCUCUGUCACAACAGGAGUUAAAUACCUUUAAGAAAGCCAAAGAUGCUUUGGAAGAGACAUUGCUGCAGAAGGAUGUCAGGUGCAGUACCAAGCCAUUCCCCAGUGGCUGGGACCUGAGACAGCUUCAGGUGCAGGAGCGCCCCGAGGCCUUGCAGGCUGAGCUGGCCCCGACGUUGAAGGUUCUGGAGAGUGUGGCUGAACCAUCCCUGAGGACCCUCCUGUAUCAGCCUCUUCACACACUGCGCCACAUCCGCUCCCAGCUGCAUACCUGCAUCCCGGGUCCACCCAUCGCAGACCCCAGGCCCCAGAGCCACCGCCUCUCCCACUGGCUGCACCUGCUCUGGAAGGCCCAGAAGAAGGAGACUCCUGGUUGCCUGCAGGCUUCGGUCACCUUCAAUCUCUACUGCCUGCUCACCCGGGACCUGAAAUGUGUGGCCAGUGGAGACCAGGGUGUGUGA